CUGCUGCCCUGUCGCCAUUGAGCAAAGUUAAUUCCCCCCCCCCUCCCUUUCCACACACACGCUCUCCUCCGCCUCCUUCCCUCCCGCUACAGCAUAUGGUAAAGACGGUGCCAGCAGCACCCAACAAGUCACGCAGCCCAGCGCCGGGACGCCCGCGGGGAGUCGGGGGGUACGGGGAGGCAGGCGGCCCGGGGGAUGCUGCUGCCGCCUUCUUGAGCUGCGACCGCGCCGCCGGAGCCCGAGGGACGGCGCGGCCCCGCCGGUGUUACCUACAAGUGAGGAUGGAAACACAACCCAGGAAAUUAGCCUUUCCUCAUCUAUAUAUGGAGAACUGAAGGUUCUUUACUCUGUUGUUUGUGCUUGAAUAUAGUUCAGGUGAAGCUCUCAACAUGAAUACUGUUGACAGUGGAGUCAGCAGUCUCUGUGCAAUAUGUGGAGACCGAGCAACCGGAAAACAUUAUGGUGCUUCCAGUUGUGAUGGAUGCAAGGGAUUCUUCAGACGAAGUAUACGGAAAAAUCAUGUUUAUACAUGCAGAUUCAAUCGACAAUGUGUUGUUGACAAGGACAAAAGGAAUCAAUGCAGAUAUUGUCGUUUAAAAAAAUGUUUCCGAGCAGGAAUGAAAAAAGAAGCUGUACAAAAUGAACGGGACAGAAUAAGUACAAGAAGAAACAAUUUUGAUGGCUGCAACAUUCCAUCUAUUAGCACACUGUCACAAGCUGAGACACUUUCCCGUCAGAUCUCAGUCUCCAGUCCUGGUGCAAGCACUGACAUAAAUGCUAAGAAAAUUGCUGGUAUUAGUGAUGUCUGUGAAUCUAUGAAGCAACAACUUUUGGUCCUGGUGGAAUGGGCUAAAUAUAUUCCAGGCUUCUGUGAGUUACCAUUGGAUGACCAGGUUGCCCUGUUACGAGCACAUGCUGGGGAACACCUAUUGCUUGGAGCAGCAAAACGGUCUAUGGGGUAUAAGGACAUUUUACUUUUAGGUAACAAUUACAUAAUCCAUCGCAACAGUACUGAAGUAGAGAUCAGUCGAGUGGCAAAUCGGAUUCUAGAUGAACUAGUUCGACCCUUCCAGGAAAUUCAAAUAGAUGACAAUGAGUAUGCUUGCUUGAAAGCAAUUGUGUUUUUUGACCCAGAUGCAAAGGGCUUGAGUAAUCCAGUAAAGAUUAAGAACAUGCGGUUCCAAGUCCAAAUAAGUUUAGAGGAUUAUAUCAAUGACCGUCAAUAUGACUCCCGAGGAAGAUUUGGAGAACUUCUGCUUCUACUGCCUACACUCCAGAGCAUCACUUGGCAAAUGAUUGAGCAAAUACAGUUAGUUAAACUAUUUGGAAUGGUUAAAAUUGACAGUUUGCUUCAGGAAAUGUUACUGGGAGGUACUUCUAAUGAUGCCAGUCAUCUGCAUCAUCCAGUACAUCCUCACUUAGCCCAAGAUCCAUUAACUGGCCAAACUAUCCUCAUAAGUCCAAUGUCUGCUCCUGUACAUGCAGAACAGAUUUCAACUCCAGAAACACCAUUACCUUCCCCUCCUCAAGGCUCUGGACAAGAAUACAAAAUGUCUACAAACCAGGCUUCAGUAAUUGCACAGCAGUCUAUUCUGAAACAAAAAACAUUGUGAUAAUGUUUCUCUCUUUGUCUUGCUCUUCAUAACUUCCUUUUUUAUCCUAGUCUUCCCUUCUUCCCCCCUCCCUCCUUUCCUUCUUUUUUCCUUUUUAUGCACUAAAUAAAUUGGUAGGACACUUGCACAUUAAAAAUCUCAGGAUGAUAAAAGAGAUUAUUUCCUCAGCAGCCACUACUGUGGGUAUUUCUUAAAACCCUUCAUGAUUUGGAAAGUAAUACUCACUGUUCUAACUGACAUGUGCAGCUGUAACUGUGGCUACUGCAGUCUGAAAAAUAUGUAUAAAGGUUGAUAUUGUUUUUCGAUCUUUUAACUGCACAGAUUCUCUCUCUCUCUCUCUCUUUUUUUUUUUUCUUGUUGUAGUUGUUGUCUUAAUAUUAUUGUUUUAGAUGUGUAAAUAUUUUUUUUUUCAUUGUGACUGAACUGGUUAGUGCUCGUUUAGCUGUGAAUUGUAGACAUGAAAAAACGGGUUAAUCAAACCAAAGCCAAGAUUCCAUAAAUAAUAAAGCAGUAGGCUAUCCAACAAAGCACGUGUUAAAUAAAAAGGAGAAAAUACUGAAUGGAUAGAAAUAUCCAUCCUCCCUCUCCCCCCCUUUUAUUUUUUUUAAUAUCCUGAUUUGAAAGAAGUAUAUUUUUCAAGUAAAAUUUCCACAAAAGAGAUGAAUUCUCCCUGCUUACCUAUUUGUAUGAAUCAGAGAAUCUGCCACAUGCAUCUGCCACAUGUUUGGGGACUUUUAAAAAUAUGCAUAGAAAGUAAUGUCUAUAUUACUCAACUAGACAGUGCCUAGGCAUGGGUGCAGACACCACAAUGCUAGCAUUUAUAUUGCUAAAAUGUUAGAAGGGGGCCCAGAAUGUUUUGUUGUUAGGACUAACAAUUGCUCUCCCAGUUUCUGGGCACACCAUGGGAAUUAGGCCAGUCUAGGAACACUUUUCACUAGGCACUUUGAAUAUGGACAACUUUCUUUACAGAGUAUAACUGUAGGAACAUGGCCAGACCAUGUCACUUGACCUCAGGGCUGGAGUAUAUAGACUUUGUACUGUUUAAUUUAAUAGUGUAAAUGUAGCCAUUGUGUUUAUUUACCUAACUGGCUGGUGAACGUGUGUUUCAACAAUCACUCUAAACUUUACCUACAGAGCAGUUGUAGUUAUGUAGUAGCUCUCUGUCUAGAGAGAGAUGGCUUACUAACCCAAGCAACAGAUGUGCCUGAGUUCACUGUCAGAUGUUCCUGGUUUGAGACGUGGUAUUUCAAGCCAUGAAAAUAGCCAGCACACCAAAUACUUGCUCUGUGGAUUUCAAACUCUUAGAGUCUUCAAAUGCUUGGGACGAAUUGACUUACUGCGAAGAGCCCCCUUUGCCAUCUCCUUCUCCCUUUACUAUUUGGAAGGAUCUAGCAUUGACUAAAGUUUUGUGUCUGGAGUCUAUAUUAACCCAUCUGGAUAUGGAUGCGCUGUUGAUUUGCACAAAGCACACCUUGUGCCACAUCUCUCUUGUGAAAACGAUCUGUUACGGUAUACAAAGUAAUUACACUGUUCGUAAAGUACUGAUGUCAUAAGAAAAUUGCCACUUCGCACAUUUUAUUUAUUCCAGACAGCAGUGCUUUUCCUUUAGUACUUUAGACUUUUUAUGCCCAGAAGCUAUAUAGAGAGAAACCAAAAAGAGAGAAUAAAAUUUUGCAGUUUGUUGAAUUUUUACAAAAAGAAAACACAGUCAGGUCAGAAAUUCUUCAAGGUGAGAUGUUGAGCAUCCUGAACCAGACACCUGCCUUAAUCACAACAUCCAAAGAUGGCAUAAAGGCAUUAAACCUCUGGCUUUUAAAGUUAAUUAAACAAAUUGAUAUUAUACUUCAGAUACUAUUUUGCAAACAGGCAAUAAAUAUACAGUGAAUGCUGAGCUGACCUAACUGGUUUUUAAUGAGAAUACAUCUACCACCAGGUAGAUGCAGGUUUUCCUUACGUUAUUCUGAAGUAGUUGCAUUUGUACUUAAGUCUGCACACAGUAGCUCUUAAAGUUUACCUUGCUUUUUAGAGAGUAUUUUUCUUUUUUCUGGUUACCAUUUAUUUUUUCUCAAUUCAUUGCUUUUUUUUUUUUUCAAGAUCAUUUUAGUAUGAGGUUUUAUGACAGAAAAAAAGUACCAAAAUUUUCCCACCAACUUUAAAGGGAUCAGGACUGUAUUAUUUCUCCAAGAAGUUCACUAACGUUUUGUGCAGAAACAAAUAAAGCAUGCAUGAGAGAAACCCAGAAGUUGACUGUCUGGGGUCACUUUUAUAUACUUGACAUAGAAAGACACUGAGUAUUUGUCUCUAGCGGGAUCUGCAUGACUUCACUGGAUCAGAUUAAUUAAGCCCAUUGCAUGGACAUGGCAACACUGGUCUGACUAAAAACAUUUAAGUGGAAAUAAAAAGUAGUCCACAAGUUGGGUACCCCUGCCUUUUAUAAGCAAUGCACAUAAUAGUUGAAUGUGCUUAGUUUUCACACUGUAGUUUAGGUAUCAAAUGUACAAUAAAAUGUUUUCUCACACUGCCAAAAUGUACUAGAUGAAAAAUAUACUUUAGUAUUUUAUCUUACUAAAAGGUGUUAUCUAUUUUGUAUGAUAUAUUACAUUUUUGAAUAAGAACACCACUGUAAUUUAUUGGGAAAAGCUGAUUUAUUUUAUAAAUGUAACAUUAUUUUUAUAAACUUAAUUAUGCAAAAUCAAAAAUGAUUAGCUUUGUUAAAUAUUAAAUUAUAAUAAGAUGUAACUUUAUGUGGUUGACCUCUGAUACUAAGUUUUUGUGUUGAGCAUUUGAAAUUGAAAUGGUUGCUGGAAAUAUUUCAAAUGGACUGUUUUUCAUCAAAACUCAAUAAAGAAAAAUGAAUGAUCCAAAUGACA